AUGCUCGGCCUGUGCCUUUACGUCCCCGUGUCCAACUCAGAUCCAGUUGAAGUGGAAUAUUUUGAAUCUAACGGACUGCCUACGGAACUGAAGUCUCUCUUUAACAAACUGAGCGUGUUCCUGCCGUCCCAGGAGUUUUCAACCUACCAAAGGUGGCGAAAGAAAACCUUAAAAAGGGAAGAAAAUGAUGCAGAUGGACAGUUGGACUUUGAGGAGUUUGUUCACUAUCUGCAGGACUAUGAGAAAGACUUGAAGCUUGUAGUGAAAAGUCUCAAAGGGACAAAUGCAGGCCACGUUGAUCCUAAAGAGUUCAUGCAGUCUCUUAAGGACCUUGGUGUGCAUAUUUCCAUGCAGCAUGCGGAGAAAGCCCUUAAGAGCAUGGAUAAGAAUGGAAUGAUAACCAUCAGCAGUGAAGAGUGGAGCAACUUCCCCUUGGUGGAGAAGACUGAAAACAUUCCUGAGAUUAUCCUCUACUGGAAACACUCCACGAUAUUCGAUGUAGGUGAGAACCUUAUGGUGCCUGAUGAAUUCACUGUAGAGGAGAAGCAGACCGGGAUGUUGUGGCGGCACUUGGUUGCAGGUGGAGGAGCUGGAGCUGUUUCAAGGACCUUUACCGCUCCCCUGGAUCGACUCAAAGUCAUGAUGCAGGUUUAUGGAUCUCGAACCAACAACAUGUGCAUCAUGACCGGGAUGAUGCAGAUGAUCAAAGAGGGUGGUGUGAAGUCGCUGUGGCGAGGAAACGGUGUGAACAUCAUCAAAAUUGCCCCCGAGUCGGCCCUCAAGUUCAUGGCGUAUGAGAAGAUAAAACAACUAAUCUGCAGUGAAAAGGAGACUCUGAGCAUCGUGGAGCGAUUUGUUUCUGGGUCUUUGGCCGGAGUGAUCGCCCAGAGUACGAUCUACCCCAUGGAGGUCCUGAAAACUCGUCUUGCCCUGAGGAAGACCGGGCAGUACUCUGGUAUCUUAAACUGUGCAAAGCAGAUUUUCAGGAAUGAAGGCCUUGCAGCGUUUUAUAAAGGCUACGUCCCCAACAUGUUGGGCAUCAUCCCCUAUGCAGGCAUCGACCUGGCAGUGUAUGAGACAUUGAAGAACCACUACCUGCAGCAGUACGGCACCAACAACACCAACCCGGGUAUGGUCGUCCUGCUGGCCUGCGGCACGGUGUCCAGCACCUGCGGUCAGCUCGCCAGUUAUCCUCUGGCCCUGGUCCGCACCCGCAUGCAAGCACAAGCUGCAACAGGGGGCAACCAGCAAGUGACCAUGUCUGGUCUCUUCAAGCAGAUCUUGCAGACCGAGGGCCCGACGGGGCUCUACAGAGGCCUGGCCCCUAACUUCCUCAAAGUCAUCCCUGCCGUCAGCAUUAGCUACGUGGUGUAUGAGCACAUGAAGACACAGCUGGGAGUAAAAUCACGCUGAAACUAGCCUUCUCAUUGUUGCUCUAAGCUUGACUGUGACAAGUGACCC